AUGCUUUAUCUUUUACAAACUUUUCUAUUUUACUUACACUUUAGACCAUUUCUUUCUUCUUUCUUUUUUUCAUAUUCAUUUCUCUUUCUCACUCAAGAGAAAACAACCUCAAACAAAAUGCCUGCAACUACAGAGAACAAUCAAAGCUCAUUUUUGGGAAGAAUAAGCAUUCGAAGAAACCAAAUAAGUUCAAUGGAAGGUAAUCACGAUCAAGAGCUAGAAGACCUUGAACUUUUCCAAAAACACGUUGGUGAUAGGUUCGCCGAUCUAUUAUCUUCCACAACGGAAGAUCCUUCCAGCGACGCUCUUCUGUCGAUCGGUUGGUUGAGAAAGCUUCUCGAUGAACUUCUUUGUUGUGAAGCGGAAUUCAAAGCCGUUGUUAUGAUGGGUCGUGACCCUUCUCAAAUAGCUAAACCACCUCUCGACAAACUCCUCCCGGAACUCCUUGACCGUGUCGUCAAAUCGCUUGAUGUUUGCAAUGCUGUAACUCUUGGCCUAGAUGCUGUUAGGAAUCUUCAGAGGCUUGCUGAGAUCGCAGUAGCUUCUCUUGAACCUAGACCCAUGGGUGAUGGACAAGUCCGGAGGGCCAAGAAGGCGUUGAACUCUCUUAUCACGGUAAUGGUGCAUGAAGACAAAGAAUGUGGAAGUAUCAAGGGAACUGAGAGAAGCAGGUCAUUUGGAAGACGAGGAAAUGCUAAUAAGGACCGCGGUGGUGGGAGUUUUAGAGCACUAUCAUGGACAAUGGCGAGAAACUGGUCAGCUGCAAAACAAAUUCACGCCAUGUCUUCGAAUUUGGCUGCUCCGCGCGGUGCGGAUUUGACGGGUUUGGCUUUGCCGCUAUACAUAAUGAGUACUGUGUUAGUUUUUGUUAUGUGGACUCUUGCUGCGGCGAUUCCUUGUCAAGAAAGGAACGGGUUGGGCACUCAUUUACCUUUUCCGAGGCAAUUGGCAUGGGCGCAACCCAUGAUUGGUUUGCAAGAGAAGAUUGCGGAGGAGUGGAAGAAGAAGGAGAAGAAAGGCUCUGUUGGAUUGUUGGAAGAGAUGCAGAAGAUGGAAAAAGUGGGACAAUUGCUUAUUGAAUUUGCUGAGUCUUUUCAAUUUCCCGCUGAAAAUGAACGUUUGGAUGAGGUGAGGGUACAUGUGGAGGAAUUGGCUGAUAUUUGUAGGAAGAUGGAAGAAGGGUUGGAACCUUUGCAAUUACAGAUUAGAGAGGUUUUUCACAGGCUGGUUAGGACCAGGACUGAGUUUCUUCAUGUUUUGGACCAAGCUGGGAAAUUGUCUACACCUACUGCAUAAAUUUUAAAUACUUUUUUCUUCUUUCUUUUAUGGAAUCUUUACCAGCUAGAUCUUAAAAUUGAAGGUUUUCUUCUUGAAACAUAUGUAUAUGGAAUGGCUAUAUCUUAGCCUACAAUGUACAUCUACAUCACUAUAGAUUUUAAUAGGCUUUAUUUGUUUUUGAAGUGAAAGAGGAUCACUCAACUACACUCACUAAACAUGUGAUGGUAUGCUAAGUUGCUUAAUUUGAUAUAUGAAUUUCUGAAUUCUGCA